UUUCCGAAGGAGGAAGGCAAUCGCCUUCGGCGCGGACUCCCGGCGAGACGGAGGCAAGGACCGAACAAGGAGAAUCUGAAGGGGAGCCAAAAGGAAAGGCGCGCCACGACAGGAACUCACGGUGGUGUCUCCAACACAUUCCCAUCUGCCUAUCCGAACCAGUACAUCCUUUUCGGCCAGGAGACCGAGUUUGGGUUCGAGAUUGGAAAGACGAACCGCUGACAGCUCGGUGGAAAGGUCCCUACACGGUUCUGCUGGCCACACCAACUGCGGUGAAAGUUGCGGAAGUUACCCCGUGGAUUCAUCAUUCUCGUCUGAAGCGGUCGGAGGGUCAUUGGAACUGUGAGCUGAACCCAUCUAACCCUCUGAAGUUGAAGCUCACCAGGAACCCCUGCACCUAGCCCCACCGGAGGCGGGCAGGAGCACGGGCAACGGGACUACAGGUCUGCUCUCACUGCACCCCGGAAGCCAGUGAGUCUACGCACACCGGAAGAUUGAGGAGCUGCACCAGCGUAUGGGAGGACCCCUACCAGUAAAAAUUUCAGUCAAUCCCAGAUUCCAGCCAGACUUUGCUCAUAAACCCUUAGUACAAAUAACAAUAACAAGGGUGAACAAAAGGGGGGUCCUUAUUGACAAGUGGGUGGAUUGGGUAACUACAUACGGUUGUUACAUUCCUUUCUUUCUUUGGGAAUUCUACAUACCAGAUUGGGCACAAGCAGGUCCACGACAAUAGUUCACAUACAAGGGAAAGUACAUGCCAGGGGAACCUAGGAGAGCCAUACGUUGCUUCUCCUGCCCACCUCCCCAAGGAGCAUUUCCCGGUGCUAUACUGGUCACUGUAGCUGUUUUCCCUCCACCACCCACAGGUCCCUUCAAGGUAGCAGUUGCAGAGUGUAUACGGUGUGAGUUGACCUCACCAGUUCGACCAGAACCUGGGGACCACUAAUAAGUCCACUGGGUGCGGCCGAGCGGGAGGCUAUAUCUCACUGAAGGGUAUGUUCUGGUACCUGCUACCUUAUAUAAUUGUUGCAAUUUCACUCCUUCUGGUCCUAAUCAUUGUAUUUUGUGUAUAUAAGAAGGAUCACCGUAUAAACAUUGACCUAGAGCCAGAACUAAUAAGAUUCAACCUUGAAGGUAUACGUGGGGAAGAUGAAAAUGAAAAUGAAGCUCCUGUUGAGUUUGAUGUGCUUGUGGCUCCAGAGAGGCCCAAUGGUAGUAGGUAAUGUUUUUAUACACCAUGCAGAACACAUGUUCCGGAUAUAUGGGGAAAAUGCUACCCUAUAUUACGAACACCCAAGGAAGGUAGCAGACAUGUCCCUUAUACCAGGAUUAAUCAAGGAUCCUGAUGUCGUGUUGGCAGGCCUACUUUACAAUCAGAGUGGUCUCUUUGCAGCCCCACCUAUUGAAAUGAAUGACAUCCCCUAUAGAUAUCUCAGAUACACCAGAACCACAAAAGGUCUAUGUUUUUGCUGUCAUGCCACUGGAGUAUGGAAUUCUAAAUGGAAGUAUUGGCCCCAAGUUAAGUACCACAUGGACAAAGGAUGGCUGGGAAAUUAUACCCAAUGCUCAGAUAAGUUUUGGCUUUGGGGAUCCCACAAUGCCUCCUACCAGGGCAAUACUACCUCUUCAGAUCUGUACCCAUAUUUUCCUCAAUAUUCGGUUAAUUUCACCGGACAAGGGUCCAUUUGUUCUGGUUGGAUGAUUAAAGAUCCUAACCUCUGGUUUUUAUAUGAUGGAUUGGCAACAAAUUUCCACCCAGGAAAAUACCAGUGUGUUGGCGUAGGGGCAUUUACCUUUCCGGUUGCAGUGGAGAUCAAUCACAAGGUACCUCAUCUUGCAAGCAGACGGAAAAGGGCGGCCCUAGGCGACCACUGUGUGGAUGAAAUUUAUCUGACAAAUUCUGUAGGGAGCGUUGGGGGUGGUUUUAUAGGUUUCCUCUCAAUGGGGAUUUACCCAGGAAUAGUUGCUGAGCAAAAUAGAAAGGCACUGUUUGCUCUUACAUGCAGGCUGGAGAAAACUAUCAAUGCCACCACCCAUGUCUUGCGCUCCUUGCAGUCAGAGGUUGAGGAUUUGAACCAGCUGACGAUGACCCAUAGAUUGGUUUUGGACUACCUCCUUGCACGAGCAGGUGGUUUUUGUAAAAUUGUCCCAAAAGGUCGGUGCCAGGUUAAAUUCCACGACCUCAACAAAACAAUUGAGGACCAAUUGCAAAAACUGCAGUCUCUGGUAGCUGACAACACACCCACCCAGAAUCCCUGGGAAAAGGUAUGGUCGUGGAUACCAGGAGAGGGGUGGGUGCAUGGCAUUCUGACCGUCUUAGCCAUAGGAGGAAUGGUGUUUCUGUUGUUUCUUUCUGUAAUUCCUUGUUGUUUGUCUUUGCUUAGGGGAAUGAUAGCCCGCAAUGUUAAGCAUCUCACUGACCCUCACAUUAUGGCAAUAUACAGAGCUUUGCCCCCAGUGCCAGAUGAGCCAGAGGAAGACGAUGGUUACGAGCGAAUGCAUAGGGAACACGUCCCAAUGCCUGGGGAACAGGUCCCGGUGCAGGAACAAGUCCCAGUGCAGGAACAAGCCCCAUUGCAGGAAGCAACGGUUUACUCUGAUGUCCUGAGUGGUGUUCAAGCUCAGGAGUCAGAUGAAUCUUCUCUCUGAGCUUGAAAAGGGGGGAAUGAGGCAAGGAAGGAAGGGCUACCCCUAUAUUAUCCAUAUAACCAGUUAUCAAUAAUCAAUAUAUUCAAUAUAUAUUCAUGUAUGCUUACACGAAUCAAGGAUUACAGUACUUUAUAAAUCCACUUGAAUCAAAAGGGAAGCUGUGCCUUAGCUAAAAAUGCAAACUGCUUGGAACAGCAAGUAGGAACCGACCUUUCCCCUAGAAACAUCUGUGAACCCCGGACAAGACAUGAAUCAGAGAUUCUGGUACAAAUUCCCCAUCAGAAACAGGCUAAAUUAAUCCACAGAACAGGAAGAGCAAAACCACAAAAUGUCCAAACUCCCUGUCCUGUCAUAAUUAGGGGAAAGGUUAGACUGAGCGUCACUGGAAGCAUUGGAAAGCGGAACUGGAACCCUGGGCUUGACCAGUGCUAUACCAGUAGCUAGGAGCGUGACAACUGCUUGCUGAUUGGCUGAUGUUUUUGCUGACCAAGUAUGAGUCCUUCGUGAUUGUCUUAUGAUCUAUGAUUUGCUGUGAUUUGCUCAGGUAUAA